UUAAACACAACAACCUUUUCAACACCAAUGCCAGGCUCACCAGACCCUCACCCUCAGAGGCGCCACCGCUCGCCAUCCGGCUCGCCUGCCCCAUCUCGCGACCGCCGCGACCGAGAGCGAGAGCGAGAGCGAGUCCGCGACUCGUCGCGCGACAACCGAUCCCGCCGCCACGACAGCCACCGCAGCUCGCGCAGAGACAGCUCCCGCCACCGCGAACACCGUCGCUCGUCACGCAGUCCAAGCGACCGUGAGCGCAGCCGCCGAGACGAUGACAGCCACCAUCGCAGGGAACGAAGGAAGCGCGCAACAAGCCCGCGGGACGAGCGAGACCGAGAUCGGGACCGAGAUCGAGACCGCCACCGCCGUCGACACCGGGACUACGACGACGACAACUCCUACCGAUCCUCCAACCACCGCCGCCGCCGCCGCCUCCGCCCCAAUCCGCUCCUCCAAACCCCUCCCCUCCCAACAAUCCGCCUACACCAUCGACCUGAACCCCUCAGAUGCCCAAUCCCCAGCCGCCGAGAUCGAAAAAGAAAAACCUAACUUCGGCACGACCGGCCGCCUCGCCGCCGAAAGCAACACCGUAACUGUCCCCGGCGGCGGAGGCAACGGCGCCACCACCGUGGUGCUCAAAUACCACGAACCGCCGGAGGCCCGCAAGCCGCCGGCCAAGGACAGCUGGCGGCUGUAUGUAUUCAAGGGGCAGGACCUACUGGAGAUGGUGGAGCUGAACGUGCGGAGCUGCUGGCUGGUGGGGCGGGAGCACCUGGUGGUGGAUUUCCCGCUGGAGCAUCCGAGCUGCUCAAAGCAGCAUGCGGCGCUCCAGUUCCGGUUCGUCGAGAAGAAGAACGAGUACGGGGAUCGGAUCGGGCGCGUCAAGCCCUACGUGAUCGAUCUGGAGAGCGCGAAUGGGACGACGGUGAACGGGGACAGGAUCCCCGCGGGCCGGUUUGUGGAGAUUAUGAAUAAGGACGUGUUGCGGUUUGGGCUGAGUUCGAGGGAGUAUGUGCUUAUGUUGACGAAGCCGGAGUAAUCUAGGUAUGGAUUUUGGGGGGCUGGGGAACGGCUAUCGAUGAAAGGGUCUGGUCGAUUCAACUUUCUGGAUGUUUGGUGCACGGCCAUGAUAUGGGGUUGGUGAUGUUGUCCCGCGCAUGCCUUCGUAGAGCCAACAUACCUACGUUUCAGGACACAG